AUGGUGAUAUUGUGCAGAGUAUUCCAACACAAUAUCACCAUGCGGGUGAACAUUGCCUACUGUGACACUGAUGGCUGCAACGCCGGGGCAAUCCCAGUGCCAACCGUGAGCCUCAUUCCCAACGGCUGGCAGUGCCCAUCAUGCUACGUCAUGGGGGCAGAUCGCUGCGAGGACAUGGAGCCCUUACCCUGCACUGGCGCCGAGGAUCAUUGUGUUGAGAUCACGGGGACAUUAACAAUGGGUGACAUCACUGUGACGAAAGCUGCGUCUGGGUGCAGCUCCCCUGGAGACGGCACCCUGAGAGUGGGAGUAAAGAAGUAUGCCCAGGGUGUGAUGGAAAUGCUAACCCAGGCCAAGUGCUACCAAACUCCUAAGGCCGGUAGAGUCAUCAGGGAGCCCUGA